CCCCAGCUGAGCGUGCCAAGCCUCCUCCCGGACCAGGCUCCCCCAGCAGCGCCCACCAUGCUGUCCUGCCGGCUGCAGUGCGCCCUCGCCCUGCUCUCCAUCGCGCUGGCGCUGAGCGGCGUCUCGGGGGCGCCCUCGGACCCGCGGCUCCGGCAGUUCCUGCAGAAGUCACUGGCUGCGGCAGCGGGGAAACAGGAACUGGCUAAGUACUUCUUGGCAGAAUUGCUCUCAGAGCCAAGCCAGACAGAAAAUGAAGCCCUGGAGCCUGAGGACUUGUCCCGAGGAGCUGAACAGGAUGAAGUGAGGCUGGAGCUGGAGCGAUCUGCUAACUCCAACCCAGCCUUGGCACCCAGAGAACGCAAAGCAGGGUGCAAGAAUUUCUUCUGGAAAACAUUCACAUCCUGUUAGCUGUAGAUCUGAGCCGUUCCGCCCAUCCAUCCCGUCCCCAAGCCCUCAGACCCUGAGGGGAACCCUCAUGACAGGACCAGAAGACUGUAAAUACCCAACAUGCGGUGAUGGUGAAAUUAAAAACAAAAAAAAACAAAACAAAAAAAAUGGGAGUUUGAUUUGGAGCUGUUUUAAUAAAAUUUUCUGUUUAGAUUGUACAUGAUUUGCUUGAGUUGUGAUUUCUGACUAGUUCUUUAUGACAUUCACUCUGCAGCUCUCUCAGAUGUACUAUUUUUAAUUCUUUGUCGCAAUAAAAUUUAUGUUUCAAACGGUAA